GGUAAGCUGCCUUGCCAUUUCUACGUAUGACAGCAGCUAUUUUCUCGCUGCUUUGGUUGCUCGUGAUCAGACGGGACAAGAAGUUUUGCCGAAGGCAGAACCCUCAGAUGUGCAGAAGGACCUGAUGCUGUGGCAAAGCAAUGGCCUCAAACUUUGGAAAGGGCACCACACCUUCUCGAAGAAUGGCUCACUCUUUUCUUUAGAGCAAAUCGUGGCUACUGUCAAUGGAUUCCUGGCUUUGGCUAGAUGCACCGGGGGAGUUGCGUUGCUUGAGAUUCACUUGGAAGACCUGCCUGACAGCAGCUUGGACAGUGUGGAUAAGUCGCAGGUGGAGGCACUAAGUGAAAUGCCUGAAGGAAAACCGCAAUGUGAGCGCUCAACUGCCGUUGACCACGAGAACAUCCAUGCUUCCGCGGAUCACAGGGACAGCCAGUCGAACCCGCAAGAGAGCAAAACAAAGCCAAAGGCACACACAGAGCUGACCUUUCGCAUCACGCUUCUGGCAGAGACUCUGUCAAGUUUGAAGGCAUUUGCGCACUCAAAGGCCGUCAAGGAGAUCGCCAUUCUGGAGAGCAAGCGGGACCAUUCGCCUCAGAAAGUUUUCGUUUGGCAGCUCGAACCAAAGGAUCCGGCUCAGAAGCCUCCAAAGGAUGCAGGUGAGAGCCCUUCCGACCAGCGAAAGGAUGGGGUGACAGAAGCGUUGUUGAAGUCCACUACUUAUCAGUUUGGCAAAGAUCAGCCAGAACUCACCACACUAUGCUGCUAUGAAGGUGGACACGCCUUUCUAGUCGGAAAUGACCAUGGAGAGGUCUUUGUUCUUUGGCAUGGGCAGAGCAGCCUGGAACUCAUUGUCAGAGCAUCUUUACAAGCGCAAACAAGCGGAAUCCUUGCUUUGAGCUGGGCAGAGGGAGUCUUAGCAUCUUCUGGAACUUCUGGCCGCAUACAUCUCGCAGACCUUCCUGAGAACCAAUCGACCUCACAGUCCAUCAAGUCAAGCCAUGCAAGGGAAAUGGUCGCGUCCGCCGCCAACUUGGGGGAUAGCAUGCUGCUCUUGGGCAUGAACGGUCUCAAAUGCAUCUCGUGGGACGACCACGCCCAGGUCCUUCCGCGGCUCGCGCGGUCGGACAAGGGUGCUGCACCACCGGACUCUUCAACAGUGGCGACCUGCUUUUGUGGAUCUGGCGAUUCUCCGGCUUUCUUUGAAAUGGUGGUGUUUUCAGACAGCAGGCUUUCUCACCAUUACUCAGAGGGUCCAGUUGGAGAGGAUCAGCUCGAAGUGCAUCUGAAGGCUGUGCAAAUGAGGCUCGAAGAGAACAACAAGAGUCACAAGAGUACUAAGAGCCAAUGUCAAGAAGAACGCUCUUCUUCAGAGGAAGCCCUUUCGAUCACAUCCUCGGUGGAACCCACCAGCUUCUACAGCCAGAUGACACAGCUCAGCUUCUCUGGUCCUUCGAACUCGAAGAAGGUGCCCUUUGGGGGAUUUCUCGCAGCGGCCACGGUGGACGGCACCGUCUACGUGUGGCCCCAGAACCUAACUGCUGCGGAGAAGGAGAAGGCUGCAGAGUCCGGAGCAUCGAAGAUGGAGAAGAAGAACCAGCCGCAUCAGCUUCGUUGUGAUGAUACCAAGAUCUUCUCAAGCUCUGUGGAAGCGAUAUGUUGGCAUUGGACAGACCAGCAUUUGUUGCUCUUCACAUCUUGCAUGUCAGCCGUCUAUCAAUGGACUUUUACAGUCGAAGAGGGCAAGCUGUCCACGAGGCCUGACAAGAGCGAAGUGGGGGUGCAUUGCUCGGAAGUCACCUCCAUUUGCUCAUACGGCGGAUUCUCCCAAGAAGGACUUGUCGCAUCCUCUGCGAUGGAGAUUCAGGUCUGGAUGUUGCAGGGAAACACUCGAAAGCAACUGCCUCCAUGCUUGAGGAAGGAUUUGGACUUGACCACCUUCAGCUGCAUCACCUUUGCAGGGCCCAACCUGCUGAUUGCUGGAGGUAGCGAUGGUUCUUUGAGCAUCUUUCAGCCGCGCAAAGGUGUGGAGAUGUAUCGACUGGAUCUUUGCCAUCAUGAUGUGUUUCUUGGAGUAGGUAGAUGGGUUUGAUCCGCCAUUGGACCGAACGGUCAGGUGAGUCUCAUCGUA